UCAGUUCGUUGUCCAAGGAAGCGCAGAGCAACACUGUGCUUCUCUACCAUUUGAUAAGAAACCCAAAACAAAACCAAACCCCACAUCAGUAAAGCAAAUAAAAGAUGGGAUCAUCUUCAACCUUGAGAGCCCUCGGUGCUGUUCUCCACAGAUUCACAAAUGGGGUUCCCUCGACUUCCUUGAUUGUUUCUCGAUAUGGCCUCUUAAAAAGCAAUAGGAAAUUAUUAGCAUCAGUUUCCUCAAUUUCAUCGUCAACUUCAGUAUUGUAUCAAGUUAAUACUAGCAGCGAUGAGCAUCAAUUACGAAGCAUCUCCACUUUUCCUCCUCUCUGCAUGGGGAGGCGCUCUUCCAAGAUUGCCGGCAGAAAGGGUACUCAAGAUGCAAAGAAGGCUAAAGUUCACUCAAAGAUUGGAAAAGAAAUUGUAUCUGCUAUAAAGCGAGGCGGUGCAAAUCCAGCAUCAAAUACAGUUCUUGCAGCUGUAAUUGAGAAGGCCAAGGAGCUUGAUAUACCCAAAGAAAUUUUGGAACGCAAUAUCAAGAGAGCUUUAGAAAAAGGGCAAGAGGCUUACAUUGAGAAAGUUUAUGAGGUAUAUGGUUAUGGUGGAGUUAGCAUGGUAGUAGAGGUCUUAACAGAUAAAAUAACUCGAUCAGUUGCAGCUGUUAGGGAGGUAGUCAAGGACUGUGGAGCAAAGAUGGCAGAUCCUGGUUCCGUUAUGUUCAAGUUUAGGCGUGUUCGUGUUGUGAAUAUUAAAUUCACUGAUGCUGACAAAGACCAGCUCCUUGAUAUUGCUUUAGAUGCUGGAGCUGAGGAUGUUAUUGAGCCUCCCAUAUAUGAAGAUGAUACUGACGAGGAUAGAUCAGAGAGCUAUUACAAGAUUGUAAGCUCAGCAGAAAAUUAUGGAACAAUACUUUCAAAGCUACGUGAGGAAGGAAUAAAUUUUGAAACUGAUAAUGGUUCUGAGCUGAUUCCACUAAGCACCAUUGAGGUGGAUGAUGAGGCUAUGGACUUGAACAAGGAACUUAUGUCUAAAUUGCUUGAACUUGAUGAUGUUGACGCGGUUUAUACAGACCAGAAGUGAUUUAUAUCUGGACCAUUCCAGUUACGGAAAUUAAACAUGUAGGUGGUGAAUAAAAUCACAAUCUGGGGAUUUCCUAGAGGAUCUUUAUAUUCUUCAUUUUUGUUGUUUUCAAGUUUCAACCCUCUGAUAAUAGAUGGAAGAAGAAAGGGGCGAGUGUUUU